CCUCUUCUCUUCCUUUAUUUAUUUAUUAUUAUUUUGGAGCAUAGCUUUUGAUUUGUAAAUAAAAAUAAAAACUAUUUUAUUUUUUAAUAUUGAAAGAAAAAAAAAAAAAAAAAAACAAAGCAUAACAAACACUUCUUAUUAUUAAUAUUUUUAUGAAUUUAACUACAAAAGGUUGAAGGUUAUUUUAAAAUAAAUUUCAAAUAUGAAAGUUUAAAAAAUUUCAACAAAAUUUAAAAUAGUGUUAUACUUUUAACUAUUGAAUCCUCUUACGAAGACCCUUUGUUUUUGGAAGCAUCGGAUAACAUCCGCACUGCUUUCCCGCCCUGAUUCCAAACAUGUCUGAGAAUCCCAUCCAAUCUCUCUUUCAAACUGCUCAAAAGAUUUCAACUUCCAUUGAAACCCAUCUCUCAAAUCUUCUUUCCCAUUCGACCCGUCAUUCACGCCCCAACCAUAAGCCUUUUUCUUCUCAAAAGAUUUCAUCCUAUGCAACUCCCUCGUAUCCUGAUACGACUUCUAUGCAAUCUAUUGACAUAACCCAUAAGCCUGCUGCACCUGUAACUAAGGAAGUACUUGGAAGGGCUACCUGGACUUUUCUUCACAUCCUUGCUGCUCAGUACCCAGAUCACCCAACGAGGCAGCAGAAGAAAGAUGUAAAAGAAUUGAUGGCAAUAUUAUCUCGCAUGUACCCUUGUGGAGAAUGUGCAGACCACUUCAAAGAAGUUCUAAGGGCAAACCCCGUAGAGACUGGAUCUCAUGCUGAGUUCUCCCGAUGGCUAUGCCGUGUACAUAACGUUGUCAACAGAAGUCUUGGAAAACCAAUAUUCCCAUGUGAACGUGUCGAUGGAAGAUGGGGCAAAGUGGAAUGCGAGCAACGCGCCUGCGACGUGCUCGGAAGCUUGCCAAAUUUUGGGGAAGAAAAUAGACAAUAAUACCAGCUAUAGCUCGUUGAGGUCUACAUUUACAAUGUAAUUACAGUUGCAAAUACGUUUAGUUGUGGUACAUAAAUUUCAUAACAUAAUCAUAUAAUCAUUUUGCCGAGUCAAUGGAGAAGAUGUCUAUUUCAUAA